GGUAAACAUGGCGCUGUUCGAAGCCUGUUCCAAACAGUUUAUCAAAGAUACAGGGCGAUCGACCCUUCGUCCAAUUCUUGAUUUAAAUACGUCGACACGUUGUAGUAUUCUAUGUGUUGUAACGAGAAAAAAAAGCCGUUGGUUUUGGAGGGCAGACACAUACAAGUCUACACCCUUUACUUUGAAUGAGCUGUUAACGAAGGUUAGAAGAAAAUAUUAACAUAAGAUUUUAGGGGAGAUAAUAGGCCCUCACCCAAAACGGUGUGUAGGAUAUGGACAUAUAGAAACAUAUGUUGGCCAUUGUGAGCCUUUUAAAUCUUGCUUCUUGGGGAGGUUCGCGAGUACGAGCUUUGUAUUUUAAUAAAUUGAAGUUUUCGAAUUCAAGGUGUUUUUUUCGUUACAAGGUGUUUUUCGUUUUUUUUUCCUUCAUCUAAACUGCAGAAUACCCGGUCACUUACAUUUGUCGGAAGGCUUGGGAGAUCGAGGCAUAACACAAUAGACAUAAUUCUUAUUCAAUGACAUGUAAACGAGUGGCCGGGUAUUCUAAAGUGGCUCCUUUCCUUCAUUAAGCGUGCCUUGAAAGAGACGUUCACAAAAAUUUUCAGUAUCUUGACAGAGAAUCCUCCCAAAAAGUGACGAUUUCGGACUCGAUGCGAAUGUAAGGUGUGAUCAAAUUGUGAUAAUAUCAUAUGAUGCCUCUCCCACACAUGAGUGGGUACUCAACAAUACUACGCAGCUAUCCCUGUUUUCUCAUAAAAAAGAGACACUUUUUGAUGAUAAACAAAAUUUUUAUAUAUGUCAUAUAUUUUUUUCAAAUCGAAAUGUUUUUGAAAAUGGGUGUCUAUACAUAUAUAUAUGUUAUAUAUAUCUAUAUGUUAUAUUUCUACAUAGUAUAUUUAUACUUGUUAAAAAUUUGUUGUGCCUCAUGUCCAAAUUCAAAGAAAUAAUCAGGUCAUAAUAUUUACAUGCACAUUUAAAGAAAUGUCUUCAAAUGAAGUGACUGAAUACCAACUUUCUUGGAAAAGGAUCAGAAAAUACAGCAGAAGCUUUGUUUCUUGGAAUGUUUUGGCUGAUUGCAGUAUAUGAUUUUCAAUUUAAAAGGUGUUUUUCGCCAAGACCACAUUUGAAAAAAAGGCACCAGGUUUAAUAUUUAUUUGCACAGAAUAUACCAGUUUUAUAGAAUUAAGAAGGGUCUGAUCUUCCAGUGGAAUAACUGGACAUGAACUUGCCUAGAAAAGGAUUAGAAAAUUGCAGUGAAGGCCUGGUUACUAGGAUUGUUUUCUUGGUAUCAUUUAAAAGAUAUCUUAUGACGGGGUGUAAAAUUAAUUUUUUUUCUUUUUCUGAUCGCCUCUUGGCUCUUAAAUUCUUCAAAGUGGUAGCCAAUUAAAAAAAAGCUGGUUGCCAUUUUCAAAGACAAACAAAACCUUUUUUUACACUGUCAAGGCACUAGAUAGGCCCUCCAAAAUUAAGUUAGGAAAAAGAUCUUUCACCUGCUACAGAGUGGACACUAGGAUGGAAGAUAUACAACCUUCAAGCUCACCUACAUCCUAAAUCCAAAAUGGCAUCUAGUCAUUGAUUGAGGUGCAUGUGCUACGUUUUGGAAACAGACUUAAUGAGGAAGUUUGCCAUGGAUUUAUCUUUUGCAAAUCUUUUAAAUUCACUAUAUCUCUAAGUAAGGUUAUGAUGAAACAUUCUAGUUGCCAAUUUGGCAACUAAUUUUCAGGAUUGGUCGCCAAAGUGAAAAAUUUAGUUGCAAUGGCGCCUGUAUUAGGCGCAAUUUCACGCCCUGUAUGAUAAUGCCACCUUGAUAAAGGCAGCUUCUAAAUCAGCAGUUUAAUAAAGGAAACAUUUUAAUAAAGGAUAGGUUUGAAAAGAAAUAAUGCUCUUCAGCUGUUUUGCUCACCUGUCCAUUUAACUCGAGUUUUCUGGAUGAUGUUUUUGAAAAUGCUUUUAAUACCUUCUGUUGGUGUCUCCUUGAUAUUUGAACUUGAGAGCAAAGUAUUUCUGAUCAGCACUAUACACAGGAAUGACGUGCAAAUCCUUUUACUAUUCUUAUUACCAGAAUUUUCUCCUUUUUUUGUUCCUCAGCCAGUUGUUAUCAAAGGUCAUAUUGAAAAAUCCACUUUCAUCUCUGAUUACAAAAAUGAACCAAAGUUCCAUGUAAGUGGUAAACUGGGAGGCAAAAUUGCAUCAGAGUUUGGAAUUGAUGCUUCUGCAAUAGACUCAUUUACAAUCAGCAUGAAUGUGGGAACUGUAUUGAAAAGAGAAGUCACUUGGGAUAACUUGAAGAAGGUUCUAGCAGACACAACAUUGAAUCUGGAUCAUGAAUAUGUGCAGUACAUUCUUGCCAAACAAAGAAGAAGUCUCUGUAUCAUUUAUGAAACAGUUGCAACUAAAGGAGAUACAGAUCUUGAUUCAGAUUCCAAGGAAGAAGGUUUGACAGUCUUCUGUUUUAUAGAUAUCACGACAGUUAUGAAAUGUUGCUUCAUGAAAUACACUUGAAGCUUACUCUUUCUGGUUCUUUUGCUGGAAAGGAAGGAAAAAAAAAUAAAUGAAAAUAAAUGUAGAAUAUAUCGAAAGGGGUGAAGCCUACAUGCUGGUUUAAAUAUUGGUUUUAACCUUUUCCACCCUUACUGUAGCAACAUUAAGCAUAUUCCCCAUGCUGUUCUCUGUGUAUUUCUAAAGAAGCCUAUAAGGAGAAUUUGUUCAACAGUCAAGAGCUUCUUUAGCUGGCAAUCAUUUCCCUUGAUUCAGGGGUGAUGUUGUAAAGAGAGAUUAGACGCUAUUAACUUGAAGGGAGUCAAAGGGUUAAGUUUUAGGGGGGGUAACACAUAAAACCAUCUGUCUUUCUUGGGAUGAACCCCAUCCAAGGUUUCCCCAAGAGAGGCAAAUCGUAAUAAAAUUAUUCAAUGUAAUGAAUCUAGUUCACAAUAACAAGACAAGAAAAAGACAUGGCCAUUGUAAUUGUAAUCAUUAUUCACCUGCUACUUGUACCUUUUUCUCUUCUCAGCAUGCUGCAGAGGCAAAAAUUAACUUCAGCACUUUUCUCCUUCCCAUAACUUUUGGCACAAGUACCAUUGCCAGUCUACCAAAUUCAUGUAUUAGGCUUGUUUAUACCAGUGGCCUUCAAGAGGCCAUCAACCAGCUAUAUUCACUGCUUUUAACUCUUUGAACAGUGAUUGACAUCUAGUUUCUCCUUACUAUAUCACCCCUGAAACAUUUGUUAAGAAUAUGAGAAUAAAGGAAGUAAUCAACAACUAAAAAGAUCUUGAUUGUUAAACAAAUUCUCAUUUUUAGCACCUAAGGAAAUUUAUAAAGAACAGUAUGGAGAAAAUGCAACUUGAUGAUUUUUGGCUGGGGAUUAUGUGGUGAAGCACUAAGGCAUUCUGAGGUCACACACUUACAAUUAUUUGACUUCAAAUGAUGUCUUUGGGCUGUCUCACUUGAAAUUUCAACCAGCAGUAUAAUAUCCUAGGUACAAACGUCAUGGUUUAGUUACUCUUGACUCACAAUUUUUUUCAACAUAUGCCUUAUAAAAAUGUACCCCCCAAAAAAACUUAGCUUAUGGUUUAAAUUUUCAGGUGAUGCAGGUGUGAGUGUUGGUAAACCCAAGUUCUUCAUUAAAUUGACUGGCUCAAUAGAAUUGGAACACCACCGUUCAUAUGAACUUCCUAGUAAUACAAUUUUAGGAUAUGCUUGUUAUGAAGUAAAAUUUGACCCAGACAUGGGAACCUUUGAGCUGGUUCUACCUGAUGAGACAGAUGCAGGAGGAGAGAUUGGAAAGAAAUAUUGUUUGUUUGAUGAACCAGAUGGGCAGAAAGGUAACUAUAAAGAGUUGUUGCUUUUGAAUUAUUGAAUUAUUGAAUUAUUAUUAUUAUUUUAAUUAUCUUUUUGAAUAUCCUGCAGUUAGACCAGGGCAGAAAUAGAGAAUAAUACAUGGGUGUACAUAGAUGUGGAAUUUCUCUUCAUGUGCUUAACUUGAUAGCUCACAGGUGAUUAUAGUGAAUGAGUGAGAUGCUGAGUUGAAUAUGAGUUGAGAAAUUCCAUAUCUUCAAACAAUUAUGUAUUAUUUUGUUUAUCAUAUAAACACAAUAGCCAUUACUGGCAAGGAAAUUCAACUUCAUUAAUGAAUAAAAGUAAAGGAUGGACAAUCCUCACUUAAAAAUCGUAAAGUGCAGUGGAACUAAGGCUCAAGAUGAAAAAAAUAAGUUGAAUCACUACAAAAGCAACAAUGGGCAUAAUUUUCAAGCUACAAAAUUCUCAGUUAUUGACUUUGUCCUUACCAAUAGAAGAAAUCUUUCAGUUACACAGCCAAAAUCAGCCUGUGGUGAAUCUUCCAGUUGAUGAUUUUUGUUCUCAGCUGCAAGAAAUGCCAUCACCAAAGCCACAAAUAUAAUUUUCAGUUUUUCUUUUUGUAUUUUAGUGUUCUUCCCCUUCUAGAAAAGUUUGAACAUCACUGUCUGUAAGUGAAAAAUCUGUUCAUUCAUCAACCUGACCAACUGGUGUGAAAGGCGAGUGAGGUGUCAGCAUCUGAUUGGCAAUAUCAAACACACAUGAAAAAAUAUCCUAAUUUUUUUCACCUGUGAUGUUACGGCUUUUCUCAGGCCUGGAGAUGCUUGGAAAUCCAUAGUUUAAAUGACAAAAGGAAGUAACCCUCCUUGUUUUCUUAGUCCAGUUCAUCAAAAAAAUUUUUAACUUCCUGAAUUUCUUUUGAUGUUUAUCAAUUAAGAUACUAUGAUCAGUGUUUUCCUUUUUAGGCGGUAACCAGUAAAAAUUUAUCUCCUGUAGUACCUCUAAGACUUAAUACUACCUGUAAUCACUUGGAAUUCUUGAAACUCAACAAGUGAAAGGAUUGCUCACUCAAUUUUUUGUAUGAAAAACAUCUUUUAGAUAAGGCCCUAACAGCUGUCUUUGAUGACCUUCUGAAGUCUCCACGCCUUGGCAAGAUCAUUAGUCUCUAUAAGGAAAUUCUUUCCUAUCCAGAGGCAGUUGCACCUCUCAGGGACAUGGUGAGAGUUUCUUAUUAAAUGUUCAGUAAAUGUUGAACAGGUUGGUUAAAAUGCACAACAGUUGGGUAUGUAACUUCUUCUAAGCCAUUCCAGAUUUUACCUUCUUGACAACAAAGUCCUCUUGUUGCUUAACCUGUUCAGUAUCAAGAAGAAAGAGGAAAUGCUAACAAUAGAAAAUUAAACUUAAACCCAUUGUUUAUGAGGAGAAAAGUUGUCUGGGGUAAGAGAGUUACCCUCCCAGCUGAGUCAACUUUAGCGAGUGUUCAUAUAAAAAAAAAAUUUACCUCUUUCCCUGAGCUAAGAGCCAGCCAAGUCAUGGAAAGUUAGUUAACUUGGCUGGCCCAGAGUAGCUCAGGUGGGUGAGUGAUUCUUCUACCCAGGACAACUUUUCUCCAUAUAAACAGGGCCUUAAAGGGAUACCCUAAUGCAUAUUUAAUAUUUUAGAUUCAUUGUCCGUGCAGCAAGUUUCUUAUUUUAUACUCAUCUGUGAAUGUCCUUUUCUUUGAUUUUCUGUCUUAAGUAGACACUGAUUCAUUACUUGGGGAGGGGUGCACCGUCUUCAUAGAAAUAUGAAAUUAAUGUUUAUUUCCGAGUGUAUUUAGAUGUAAUGUGUAAUUCAUCAGAGUGGCAUUUUAGCUAAUUGAUAUUUAACGUAGGAGAGUAUUUUUCUUACCAUGAUAAUUAUUUAACAAAAUAACAGUUGGAGAAAGCAUUAUCAGCUGUUGAAAAGAAGAGUUUUAAGCCACUUGAAAUGAAAGAAUUCCAAACCAAGGCUGGACCAGCUUUUGGAUCUCUCAAGGAACUUCUACUUCUGAUAGGAUUCAAUAUUGAUGAUUCAGGAGAAGGCAGUUUGACUUUCUCCCAAGAUUCUGAUGAUGGGUUGCUACUUUGUUGCACUGCUCUUGCAGAAGCUCUUGUUGGUGAGUUUGAAUGUGAUUCAUCUUUGACACCUUUUUUUGUACGAAGUUUUAAUUUGGGUUUAAGACUAGUAAUGGAACACUAAAGUUAUGAUUAUUUUUUAAUUGUAGAACUCUCGGCUGCUCAAUGUCAGACAAUAAAAGAAGUGACUUCUCAAUACCUGGAGCCACUGUUGUAUCUGGUUUGUAAAUAAUUUUAAUUAUAUUAUUCAAUUAAUUAAGAAUUGAUAGUUAGGUCACUAUAAUAUUUGGUUCACCCUUUCCCCCUUGGGGAGUACACCAAGGUCAUAAGCUCAUCACUUCCUGUUGAAACUUUAACUCCUCAUCCCACUGUUCAAAUGGAUGAAUUUCUUAUAUUCCCCCCCCUCAAGCAUUUCUUUUGAACUCAGCAGAUGUUAGCCUAACUUUUUUUCAAUUAUUUUUCAGCUCAAGAAUACAAUGGUAGGCAAGACAACAUCAAUAGAUGAUCCUCUUCUUCAAAGGCUAUGGACACAUUCAUCAAACCCUGCCAAGGCAUUUCUUUUGUCUGUUGGAUUUGAUCAGGUUAUGGAAGGGAAUCAAAAGGUUUUGUGCCUGAAGUGGGACUUUGAACAAAUCUCUCUUGAAGAUGUUUAUGUUGCAGUUUUUGUUAUGUGCACCAAGAUUUAACACACAAAGUCAUCUUCAUAACUCUGUAGAAGCUGACUCUUCUUGUAAUGGUAGUGAGAAGGAAUCACUGUUCCUUGGUCAAGCUUGGUGAAAUUGUUUUUCAUGCACAACAUCCAUCCUACUCUUAGUUUUGAAACAUUCUCAUGCGUUAUAUGAAAAUACUGAUUGUAUAUACUACAUACAUCUGAGUGGCCUGUGGUUCAACCAAUUAAAGGUGAGAUAAUGAAGAGGGGAAAAAAAAUGGAAGGGAAUGUCUUGUUUGUUUUCCCUUUUCUUUUUUCUUGUAGGAUUUGUGGAGCUUUGCAUUGCUAAUAACUGCCUUGCUUUUUUGUAACAGUCAUUGAGGAAAAGGGUAUAAUAUUAAGAUUUAGUGUGAAUUAAAUGUACAGGUACCUCUCGAUUAUUAAAUUGAAUAAAAUGCUUAAAGUAAUGAGUGUAAAGUACCAGGAAAUACUGACUUCAUUAUUUCCUCUUUUUUUUACUUGUUGAUGAAGCUAAAUUGUAGUCAAAAUUUAGGUACCAGGUAUCUGACAUUUCUGGAACCUUCAUUUAAAAUCACCCUUUGAUAGUAUUAUGCUAUUGUACUAGUAAGAAUUUUUUGUGUGACAAAAUUGUGAAAAUAAGGUAUAGAAAAUCUUUUCAUCUCAAACUUUCAUUUGCUAUCAUAGGUAUAUGAAUUUUGAUGUGACUUCAGUUAGUCUAAGUGAACUAUUAAUGAUAGCAAAGUUCAUCCAUGAAAUGGGGAAAUCUAUGUAGUGAACACUAAAUUAUUGAAAGUUUUGCUGCUGAAUUUAUUAGGAAUGUGUGAGGAAAUGGACACAGUGAUCAGUACUUAUCAAGCUUGAGGUCAGGUGGAUGUCAUAGUAUUGUUAUAUUUUUACUCAAUAUAUUCAUUUGAUUAUUUGAAGAUUGAACAUGAUACCAGGGUAGUCUUUGUCUGUGAUAAUAAUUGUUGUGUUGGCUUUAAGAAUUUUUUCUUUUGAAAUCAUUUUCAAUCUUCAAACUAAUUAAUUUGAUUUCUUCAAAGAAUGUGUGGGGGGAUGAGUUGUUUGAUGGCCUCUCUUGACGGAAAUAAUUUUGAUUUAUAUGAACUGCACGGAAUAAUAUAUUUACAAGUCAAUAAGAUUUUAUUCUUGAAGUUAUGUUUCAAAAUUUUUCAUGUGCUACAAUCUUUUUAACACAGGUUGCUAUCCUAAUUUAUUACUUUCCAUUCAAAUGACACAAAUUCAAGACUGCUCAAUAAAUGUAAAUAGGUAGAUGGAAUGGAUACAGAUUUAAUGGGAAAAUAAGAAUAUUAAAAAAAAGAUACAAUUUCACUAGUAAGUUUUAAUUAUUAAAGAAAUGAAUACUGUUAGUCACCAACGA